AUGGGUUCUAUGCGACCGUCCGGACGAUUUCUAUCGUUUACGAAUAACGUCCAAAGGACGCAAAAACAGCCAGUUCCAAGCAAUUUUGCUCAAAGCUUUUCUGGCAGUGAAACAGAUGUUUCUACAUCAAAUGAAAAUUUGUCUCGGGAGGAAAGAUAUGUAGUAAGACAUACGGCAAGAGUAGAGCCACAGGGCCAGGAAAAUCAGAGCCAAAACAACAACAAUAGGAACUCAUUGAAGGACAAUGUUACUGGUAGCAAUCGUAACUCACUGAAGGAGUCUAUUGGAGGUGGAAAUAGCAACAGAAGUUCUUUAGAUGUCUCAUCAUCCUCAUACAAUACUCUUAUUAUUCAUAACCAGGAUGAUUCAUGGUCUUCAAGACCAACACCUAUUCGGGAGCAUGAAAGAAGUACAAGUGAUGUGAAACAUUCUAAUACACAAUCCUCUCCAUAUCACACACUCAAGAAAUCAGAUGUUAAAAAGCCAAGUGGCAUCCCAUUACCCAAAAUACAUAAGCAGCAAGAAGUGACAGCUAGUGCUAAUUACAUAGAUAUUGGUGGACAGAGGAUAUACACCAGUCCUCCUGAUCAAGGUGUUCAGGAAAUAACCGAAAUCCCUGAUGAUUUCCUAAACCAGUCAUCAGUUUUGAAGCAUCUUGCAAAGGAGGUCGCCCAGUCUCCAACGCCCCGAAACACGACGCCUCCCGCCUCGCCCCACUCCCCUCGUGGACCGACGAAAACUAGAGAAGAAAGAAUAAAAGGCAAGGCUAAAGCGAAAUUAAGCAAGGAAAAGCUGAAUUUGUCGAGGUCACAACCUGACUUGACCAGCGUCGGUGUCCGUGCCGUACCAGGUGGUUCAGAAUCAAGUGGGUGGUGUAGUGGGGGUGAAGGAUCACUGGAAGAAGAUGAUGCAUUUACAGCUGUGCUUGAUGCCCUUGCUGCUGAAAACCAUCAGCUUAAACGACAGUUGGCAGAUGCUUGUGAGAGAGUUGCCAAGACUUCUAAGUUAGAAGAGGAGGUAGAAAAAGUUCGCACUGCACAUGAGGAUUUAGUGGGUUCCUGUGAACGAAGGGAGCGGUUGGAGAGGGCAGCACGUGUGCGGCUUCAAGCUGAUUGCAGACGACUACACGAACUUAAUAGAGCGCUUAAGCAUCAGGUGGAACUGCUGUCGCAAGGAGUGCGCUCAGAUGCUGACGGUAAUAGCGACGCACUCCGGAAGGAGUUACAGAACAGGGAGAUGCUGAUCGCGCAACUCAUUACACAGAAUAAGGAGUUAGCGUGCGCAAAAGAACGACAAGAAAUCGAGAUGGCAGCACAACGCGCCACUUUACAGGAACAACGUACACACAUCGAUAUAUUGGACACAGCACUUACCAAUGCACAAGCCAAUGUCGUGCGCCUCGAGGAAGAGUGUCGCCACGCUAGUGGGUACGUGGAACGUGUGAUGGGACUUCAGCGGGCACUUGCAUCAUUGCAACAGGCGUCAGACAGACGAGAACACACGGAGAGAAAGCUUCGCGCACAAUUGGAAAAGGAACUACAGACACUCAGGAAACGUGAAUGCACCUGUGGAGGUGUGGGAGGUAGAUCAGGAGGUGUUGACGGAGCUGGCGAAGAAGCGGAAUUGCGAAGACAAGUACGUGAGCGGGAUGAGCGGCUCCUAGCUCUCGAGGGCGAGUGCGCUAAAUGGGAGCAGCGGUACCUCGAAGAAGCUGCCCUUCGACAGGCUGCUGUCUCUGCUGCAUCCAUACCGAAAGACGCGAAGAUUGCUGCCCUAGAGAAAACUUCAGCUGAAUCAGAGCGUUUGAUGGCGGAAGUACGGAGUGAGAAGAUACGGCAUAUGGAUGAACUCCACUCGGCUCAGAAGAAGGUGGCUGAUCUUGAAAGCCGGGUGAAAGAGUUGGAAUCAAAAGUUGCGGAACGCGACGCCAUGAUCAAAGUCCUGCAGAAGCAUACUAGUGGUGCUUCACUCCGGAAUAAUUCCAGUCGGGAGGAGCUAGUGGGUCUGUCAUCUGGUGCGUCCUUCUCGAGCACAGAGGGUGUGAGCGGUGUCAGUGGGACCGGAGUGUCUGGUGUCAGCGGCCGCUACAGACACCUCACUCGUCGGAACUACUCCCCGCACAAUGAUAACUCUAGCGGAUGUGGCUUCGACAGCACCUCCUUACGUCUUGAGGAGCAGCUGGCCGCGUUGGAGUCGCGCCUGGAACGGCCUCCAGUGCCCGCCCGAGGUUUGUGCUGUUUCCCUGGCCUGAGCACUGUUGGAGCUAGAGCAGGAAAUGGGCGUGGAGAAGAAGCAUUGCUGCUCGAACGACAGGGUCGUGCCUCGCAGCAGACGCGAUCUUCAAGCCUGCCUCCACCUCCGUCCGCUUUGCCUAGGCCUCCCAGGAAACCCUCAGCACGAACCACUAGAUACGAUCGAUUGGAGCAUAGAGAUGCACGCAAAGACUCAGAUGGGUCGGGCUCAAUUGCAUCAACAGCAUCCCGCAGCUCGCCACUACCGUACGAUGCAGUUCGUAAGCUACCAUCAGUGCCAACAUCCGCAUCCCUCCCGGCUGCUGAAUCUCGGGAGUCACUCGUACGGCCGCGAGACUCCAGCCUCCCUUCGCCCUCAAAAUUGGCAGUCUACGCAGCGGCUAGGCGGCGCUCCGCUGAAUCAGCUAAAGACAACAAAAGAACCCACCAUUACCGUAUUCAGUUCUAA